CUCUGAACUGCGAUCACGAUUGACUUGAUCACUUGAUUGCUUACCACUGAACAUCGAUCGCGCCGCAAAAGACCUGAUCGUGGUCCUUUACAUCAGCAAUUGCAGGCAUUGUAUUGGCCGUCGAUCGAUAAAAAAAUUUUGGAAUUCCCGACGCUUCUCGAGUCACAUCAGAUGCAAGCCAAGAUGCUGGCGACAACAUCGACCAAUGGCGUGCGCGAGCAGCAGCAUAGACCCCAUGUCCAUAUCGAAGCCAGAUUAUCGCAGAACUCGACGAUGAGGGCGGACAGCAUCAAGCAAGCUCUGCUUUCUUAUCUCGAUUCGAACGUAGCUAGUCUGGAGAGCGAGACGACGUUGGAAGGAUGGCAGAGCGUGCCUUUGCUCAGGCAGCAUUUAGACCUUGUGAGGGUGGGUGAAUGCGCCGUACCCUCCUCCAUCGUCUCGCUCCAGUAUGCCCAGCCGCAAAUAUACGUCUAUCAACCCGCUCCAGCAGACUCGAUGGAGGAGUUUUCGGCAAACAAUGGCGAGGAAGGGGAAGAGGAAGUCGUUGCCGCUUCGGUGUUGGAGCUGCCGAGUAGGACACUAGAGGGAGUGUGGCAGAGCUUGAUCUACGGGGACGACAUCAAGCUACGCCUGCUGAACUACAUCGCCACCACGUUGCGCUUCUCUGACGCGAAUGUGGAUCUGAACAUCGUUGCAUGGAAUCGGGUCGUGCUUCUGCAUGGUCCGCCAGGCACAGGGAAAACGACGCUUUGUCGAGCUUUGGCGCAGAAGCUCGCGAUUCGUCUGUCAGAGCGGUAUACCCACGGCAAGCUCGUAGAGAUCAAUUCGCAUUCGCUGUUCUCGAAAUGGUUCUCGGAAAGCGGCAAGUUGGUGCAGAGAUUGUUCAGCAUGGUCACCGAGAUGGUCGAGGAUGAGGAUGGCUUUGUGGUCAUUUUGAUAGAUGAGGUCGAAAGUCUGACAGCGUCACGGAGCGCAUCCAUGGGCGGUAGCGAACCGAGCGACGCGUUGAGAGUGGUCAACGCCUUGCUCACACAACUGGACAAGCUGAAGCACCGGAAAAAUGUGCUUGUCAUGACGACUAGCAAUAUCAGCGAAGCGAUAGAUAAUGCGUUCAUCGACAGGGCAGACAUUAAGGCGUUCGUCGGAUUACCGCCGCCGCAGGCAGUCUACUGGAUUUUGCAGUCUUGCUUGACAGAGCUCAUGCGUGUGGGAAUGAUUCAACAGCUUGAGUUAGUGGAUUGGCGCACGGCAGCAUCACUCAGGUCCGAAGCCGCAUUGGGUCGGACAGAGCAGAGUCCGAACAAGCUGUCCAGCCUAAAGCUGUGGGAAUUAUCAUGCUUGUGCGAGGGCACGUCAGGUCGCACAUUACGUCGACUGCCCAUCCUGGCUCAUGCAAGGUAUCUGAGCUCAUCCGCUGGGCCUCAGACCUCGUGCGAAGCUUGGAUCGACGCCAUGCGAACUGCGACGAUCGAUUCCCAAAACGACCUGUCACGCGUGACAAAAGGCGGAAACAUCUGACGCUCCGCGGCGCAGUAUCCGGCUCGCAUCAAAGCCAGGUAUACCUGGCUUUCGAGCAUGCGCUUGCUCCACUCUUCCUUCUUUCCAGCUGGCGAUCCGACGCCUGUCUCGGCACACUGCACGCCCAUCCCCAUCAAAGCACAUCAUCUGUAACAUCUUCAAACGUCCGGACUCUCACGGCAAUAGAACGACUCCUCCUCGAAAUGUACACAAGCCCAUCUUUGGCGGCG